AUAAAUUUGCACCAGGACCGUCACCUUCUCUCUUCUUCUCUCUCGUGUUCCUUGUCCCUCUUCCCUCUGUCCCUCUCUCUUUUAGACUUUUCUGCUUUCUCUUGCCUCUGUUGUGAUUGCGGGUUUUGGUCCUCAUUGAAGGCGAUUGUGGAGAGCAACCGACUUUUUUACCUGGGCUGAUCAUCAUCAUCAUCAAGUGCUGCUUCAGUUGCAGUCCUGCAAUGUUUGAUUGACUAACAAAUGCAUUGCAGUUCUGGAGAUGAUCAGUUUCCAGGAAGCUUGCUCUUGAUGGGCUGCACGCACAAUCGUAGCAAGAAGAAGACAUUGAAAAGGUGGUUCUUUAUAGAUAAAAGAGUUGGGUAACAUAAGGACUGUCCAAGAAGGUUGCUUCAACUUUGGGGGAAAAAACAACUUGCCAUCAUUUGCUUCACUUGAUUUACCUGUGGAUUUGUUUGUGAGACUUACCAUCAAUCUGGAUCAGAUGGAUCUUAAAUCAAAGCACAGUGCACCUGUUCUUACUGAUCCUGCUCCAAUAACCAAAACAAGACUCGGGAUGCAUUCCAGUCUGCUGCUUUAUUCUCCAUCACCAACCAUAUUAUGCCGAACUAUUUCCAAGAAAAAGAUAAUACCAAGCAAGCUUGAUGAUGUACGCAGCAAUGGUUGGCUUGAUUCUAUGGCGUCCUCUUCACCUCCACGAAAGUUCUUCCCUAAAGAUUUUAACUUUGAACUAGCAACUAUGGAUGGACCAGAGGCUGCAUAUGGUUCAUGGAUGAUCAAAUAUCCAUCAGCCCUCAAUUCAUUUCAGCAUAUCAUAAACUCUGGAAAACGGAAGCAGAUAGCUUUGUUUCUGGACUAUGAUGGAACACUUUCUCCAAUUGUUGAUGACCCUGACCGUGCUUUUAUGUCUAAUGCUAUGCGGGAUGCUGUAAAAGAAGUAGCAAAGUGCUUCCCUACUGCAAUAAUCAGUGGAAGAUGCCGUGAUAAGGUGUUUGAGUUCGUUGGAUUAUCUGAGCUAUAUUAUGCUGGGAGUCAUGGGAUGGAUAUAAUGGGCCCUGUUAAACAUUGCCCAUCCAUCUACAACCAUUCAAAUUGCGUUAGAACUACUAACAAUGCGGGUAAGGAGGUUAACCUGUUCCAGCCUGCUAGGGAGUUUGUACCUAUGAUUGAGGAGGUUUUCAAGUUAUUGGUGGAGAGUACAAAAGGUAUUAAAGGUGCUAAGGUGGAGAAUAAUAAGUUUUGUGUUUCUGUACACUAUCGGCUUGUGGAUGAGGAGAAAUGGGUAACUGUUGCACAAUGUGUGGCUGAUAUUCUAAGUCAUUAUCCUCGUUUAAGACUAACACAUGGGCGGAAGGUUUUAGAAGUCCGUCCAGUGAUUAAGUGGGACAAGGGGAAAGCAGUCGAGUUUUUGCUAGAUUCGCUUGGUCUAACUAACUUUGACAAUGUACUUCCUAUAUAUAUUGGAGAUGAUCGUACAGACGAAGAUGCUUUUAAGGUUUUGCGUGAGGGUAAUCGAGGUUAUGGCAUUUUAGUGUCCUCGGUGCCUAAAGAUACUAAUGCUUUUUACUCCUUGAGGGAUCCAGCAGAGGUGAUGGAUUUCCUCAAGAAGCUGGUUAGCUGGAAGAACAGCCUGCCUGGAAAUGAAUAACUGAUAAUUGAUGGUCCAGUAUAUACAUGUCGGCAAUAAAUUGUAUACAGAUAUAGUCGGGUCUGGGAUGAUGGAAUCAGUUUAUUAUGUCCAUCCGCCCAACCUGCCUUCCGAGUUUCAUUUUGUUUUUUCCUUUUUUCCUGUCACAUAUGAUUUAUUUAUAGUGUAAUCUCUUCCUCUCAAUGGCCUCUCAAUGGCCCUUUCUUUCA